AUGGAUGAGGAACUGCUGGAACUGCAGAGGCAGUUCGAGUCCGCACAGCAGGCGAAAUCCAGCAUCCGCUUGUCCGAAAGAAACGUGGUCGAGUUGAUCCAGAAGCUCCAGCAACUCCAAAUCAUCGACUUCGAUCUCCUGCACACCACCUCCGGGAAAGAAUACAUUACCCCUGAGCAAUUAAGGAGCGAAAUAGUUUCUGAGAUUGAUAGGCGAGGCCGAGUAUCGCUGAUUGACUUGGCAGAUGCCACGGGGGUGGAUUUAUACCAUGUCGAGAAACAAUCGCUGCACGUGGUGUCAAGUGACUCCUCGCUUAUGUUAAUUAACGGUGAAAUAAUCUCGAAUUCCUAUUGGGACACUGUUUCUGAGGAAAUUAACGAAAGGCUCCAGGAAUGCAGUCAAAUUUCGUUGGCAGAAAUCGCCGCGCAGCUGCAGGUGGGCUCGGAACUGGUCAUUUCUGUCCUGGAACCCCGCCUUGGGACUCUGGUAAAGGGAAGGCUCGAAGGCGGGCAAUUGUAUACGCCUGCACAUGUUGCGCGUGUUAGUGCAAUGGUUCGUGGUGCAGCAAGAGGGAUUGCUGUUCCUAUGAAUUUGUCAGCUUUGUGGAGCUCAUUGCAGGCAUUAUUGCAAGAUAUGGAUGGUUUCAGUGGCGUGGCAGUUGAGAAUUCCUUAUUCCAGUCACUGUUUAAUGGUUUGGUUAAGGAAUCCGAGAUCCUUGGGUCGCUUCGUGCUGGAGUGCACUGGACACCUUCCGUCUUUGCCAUGGCACAGAAAGAGUGUGUGGAUUCCUUCUUUUCACAGAAUUCCUUCAUAAGUUAUGAAAUGCUCCACAAACUUGGAAUUCCACAACCUAUUCAGUUUUUGCAGUCCAGAUAUCCUGAAGGUAAACCUCUUGCCAAUGCCUUUGUUCAUGGUUCACUUAUUGAGAUGCUGGAUGCUGCUGUGGAGGAUGCCAUAGAGCGUGGUAGCUGGAUAGAUUCACUUACAAUUUUGCCCACGUCCUUUGCGUCCCAAGAUGCAUCUAAGAUCCUUUCCUUUUGUCCAUCUGUUCAGAGAGAUAUAAAGUCUAGCAAAGCACAUAUGCUGGGGGAAUUCUACAUAUUUAGUGAUACAUUUGUGAAGGGUUUGUUUGAAAGCAUUGAGAAAGAGCUGGAUAACUUAUCUGUUACAGGACUAACUGCUUCUGGGUCGUUUGAUGAUUCACAUGCCAUAAAAGAUGCCAGACAGGGACUUGUUACUAGUGGCGGUUUGACUGAACCACAAGAAAAUGACAAUCAAAGUGGCAUUGACAAAUCAGUUUCAGAGAAAGGAUCCAGGAAGAAAAAAGGAAAAGCAAUUGGGAGUGCUAAAGCUGGAAGUGAAAGUGUUCCUGAGUUCCAAGAAUCUACUGCUACUAAGUCCAAGAAACGGCAGAAGAAAGGGAAAGUUAUUCCAACUACAGAGGUUUCAGAUUCAAAGCCGGGUGCUAAAAGGGAUGCCAAUAGAUUAGAUAACCCUAGCUUUCUAUCAGAGGAAUCAUUAGUUCAGAGAAUAAUGUCUUUAAUCCCUGACCUAGAAGAUCAAGGUAUGGAUGAUCCUGAGACCGUUCUUGCUCCUCUGGUGAAUUAUUUGAGACCGAUGCUCAUCAAUUCAUGGAUGGAAAGAAGAAAGGCUGCUUUUACCGAGAAUGCUCAGAAAAUGAAACGGGUGCUUGAUGAUUUACAACGGAAGCUUGAUGAGGCAUUCUUAAAUUUUCAACUAUAUGAAAAGGCCCUAGAUUUGUUUGAAGAUGACCAGUCAACUGCUGUUCUUUUACAUAAACACUUGUUGCGAACUUCAGGCACCCCUAUUGUGGAAAAUUUUUUAGUUAACCUGGACAUGCACAACAAAUUGAAGAACGGAAUUCAACCUGAGGAAUCGCAAGAUCUUGAAACUGGUUUAUUGAGCUCAGCGGAUAGAAUUAUGCUGGCAAAGGGUUUGCCUGGAUCUUUGUCAGUCAAAGCUGUUGCGUUGGUUGAAUCUUUGGAAGGGAAGCGGGUGGAGUUAUUUGUAAGAUCAGUAAGAGACCUAACCGAAGAAAGUGGAUUAAUUCCUAAAAAACUGGAUAAGAAGUUAGAGAGGACUCUUCUGCAUUCAUAUAGAAAGGAUUUGACAACUCAAGUUUCUGCUGAAACUGACCCUGUCGCCCUUUUGCCAAAAGUUGUUUCAUUGCUAUAUGUCCAGAUACAUGGAAAGGCCCUUCAGGCUCCUGGCAGGGCUAUUUCAGUUGCAAUUUCUCGGUUAAAGGAUAAACUGGAUGAUUAUGCAUUCAAAACUUUAGCAGAUUAUCAAAGUGCUGCAGUAACCCUUCUCUCUCUAAUUGCUGCGGGAACCGGAGAUGAAGAAGAUUGUACAUCAGACAGAAUUCUGAGCAAGAGAGAACUCCUCCAGGGUUUAAUGCCAGCAUUGAAGAGCUUGGUUCUGGGCGGCAGUUCGCAGUCCUGA